AUGAAUCACAGAAGGCUCGAGAAUGUUUCCAAGCCUUUCUUUGUGACUAACUUCCCUCCUGAUGCAGACGUUAAGUCCUUAUGGGAGGAGUGUGAUAAGGUUGGGAAUGUGGUUGAUAUCUACACUGCUAGGAAACUAUCAAAAAUCGGUAAGCGAUUCGCAUUCGUUCGAUUUAUCAAAGUUAAGGAUGAAUUACUGUUAGAACAAAAACUUAGAGACAUUUGGAUGUCAUCAUACCACUUAUUUGCUUCUGUGGCUCGGUUUAGUCGAGAUGUUAGUAACACGGGUGGAUUGAAUAAAAAGGAGAAGGCUGUCUCACAUAAUUCUGUUGAGAAUAAUGCAGUUAAGCAGGUGAAGAAAAUGAAUGCGCAUGCUGUUGCAAACUAUAGUUCGUAUGCCAAUGUCUUAAAGGGUCAGGAGGUUGAGAAAACUAAUAAUGGCCCAGUUCUUGAAUGUAUUUUACAAGGACAAGAGAUUGAUAAUCCACUGUCAUUGAAAGUAUCAGUAUUUGGCAAGCUUCGAUUGAUUCCUAAGUUGGGUAUUCUUUUGAAAGAAGAAGGUUUUCCGGAAAUCGCUAUUAAGUAUGUUUCUAGCGAUUGGGUUUAUAUUUCUUUUGUAUCGGAAGCUACUUGUACACGGUUUAUGAAAUCCGAGGCGGUUAAGGCUUAUUUCUCAGUCUUUAGACCGGUUGUUAAUGGUUUUUUCGUUAAAGAACGUGCUAUUUGGUUGGAGAUGGUGGGUUUACCAUGUUGUGCUUGGAAUGAUGUUGCGGUUAAAAAGGUGGCUUCUAUGUGGGGUGAGGUGGUUGCUAAAGGUGUUGAAUAUGGGGUGGGGGUGCGUGAAAUUUCAAAUUGGGAACCAAAUAUUAUGGAGGAGGGAGAAAUAGAGUCGGACAUUCCGGACCUGUCAGGGGGAGAGGAAGAAGAUGCGUGUUUUGAGGAAGAUGUGAAUGAUUUUAUUGAUGUAGAGAAUGGCGAUAAGGCUGAUCAGAGGCAAGAGAACUCUUUUAGCAUGGAAAGUACACCUACUAACGGUGCCAGAGGAGCUGGAUUUGUUGAUAGAAAAGGAAGAUUUUUCCAAACAAAUGAAAAAGCAAAAGGUAAUGGAGUUGUGGACGGGGGGGGGGGUCUUUUAUGCCUAAUGUUGCUGUCACAAGAGGUGUUGUUGAAAAAAAAUGUAAUCCGGUGGGGUCUCUUCCAGUUAUGGAGGAUGGUUGUGACAUGA